CCUCCCAUGCUUCAUGAAUAUUCAGCUAUCAUUGUGUGGGAGGAGAGAAGGAGAGGCUAUAAACAACCACAGUAUCCAGUAAAGGUAUGCCUUGACACAAACUGGAACUCAUGAGUGUGGUGAACCUGUGAUUAGAACCAACAACAAACUACAUCUGAGUCUGCAUAAAACUUUCAGCCCACCAUUAUAUCUCAGCUGAAGCAAAGCCAGUGGAAAUGGAAAGCAUGCAGGAGUUGAUCCCCUUCGCUAAAGAGAUGCUGAGUCAGAAACCUAGCCGUGGUUUGGUGAAGGUCUACCUGCUGGGUUCGGUCUUUGCAGUGCUGGGGACGGUCAUCGGCCUAGUCGAGACAGUGUGUCACCCCCCUUUCUUCUCCGCUGAGCCGACGGACGCAGAGAUGGUCCUCAUGUUGGCCCAAGAGCAAAGAUCUCUUGAGCCCGAGAUACAGCACAGUAUGGGGGUCAGGGAGAAGGAGGAGCUGGCUCAUGAAAACUCGGCUACAACCCAGAGCAUGACACUCCACAAGACUCAUAGAUUCAGCCAGCGGAGCAUGGCCAACCGGCUGCACGCUUCCUAAAGCAAGAAGGGUCAACCCCAAGUGACUUGAGAUAUUUAUUAGGGAACUUCUCCUGCUACGCCACUGAGCUGUGCAACACCUACACAGUCUGAAACUUUACACACAAAAGUGCCUGAGCUGCCCGCCAUUUUGUGCUGCUUAGUGAUUCUGCCUUCUAGUGCUGUUGGAAAUGUUUCUUAUUACGUCUUCAUGCAUUGGGCACAUGUGAAAGACCCCCAAACACCCCAGUGGCAGCCUACAUGGACAUACCAUUGUGAGAGCAUGGAAAUAAUAUCAGUAAUACCUUAUAUGAUAUAAGUGAAGUGUACAUUUAUUCAUUUAGAACAAUGCUGUUGUGGUUCCAUGGUUUCCUCCAACUGGUUCCCCAGAGUCCAAAGCAAACGUAGGGUUUGCUAAAUGACACAGUAAUGUAGUUUUCUUCAGAACAGUCCUGCUGGAAAAUAUAUAAAUGCAACUGCACAACUGCGAGUUGUGGACUACAUUUAAAAAGUAAAACUGACAAAUCUCUCCCGUAUUCAUCCUUGGAGUGAGCCCUCUUUUCUGAAAAGUGGUCUGUAGGUUAACAUGAAUGUAGACAGGGUUACAGGAACCCAUAUGUCUUGUUUUUUUUGGAUUUUUUAUUUAUUAAAAAAGUUGUUGGCAAGUU